AUGUCUUCUUAUUAUUACAGACAAGAUAAUGUGGCCUAUCCUGUCAACCCCGAAGGUUCAUACGUAGGAAAUAACGAGAAUGAACACGCUUAUCACAGAGAUUAUAGAGAUGACUAUAGAGACGGAAGAAGAGAUUAUCACAGGCAUAGUAGACGUCGUUCCUAUCCCAGAAAUCAUGGUUACAGAGGCGACUAUGAAAGGUACAGACAUAGGAGAAGUAGGAGCCGUAGCAGGGAUAGAUAUCGAAGUAGAAGUAGAAGUAGAGAUAGAUAUAGAGAUAGAUAUAGAGAUAGAUAUGAGAGAUAUGAUGACUAUAAUAGAGACGCUGACAGAACAGAAAAUGCUGAGGAAGAAAAUCUCCUUUUGAACAGAGAUAUAUCUGAGAGUCACGCUAGAUCAAGGGCUGCUGAGAGACGCCGUAGAAAGGCUCAAGCUGAAUGUAUUAGGAGAGCAGGUGGAUUUCAGAAGUUGGCUGAUCAGGAAGGUCAUCAGACAGUUCGUUUGUUUUGGGACGGUUUUCAGUGGGUUGCAAAGACUGAACAAACUACUAUAUUGGGUGGAGAUCCCGCCCUAAUGAACUCUACCAGGAAACUUAGAAGAUUAUACUUUGGAAAUCUUCCAGUUCAUACAGGAUUAACUGAAACUGGGUUUCAGAACUUGAUUUGGAACGAAAUGAGAAAUCGCAAUUUUUGUAACGAUCCAAAUGUUUCACCAGUGUUGUACGUAUGGUUUGCGAAGGACAAGGGGAACUAUGGAUUUGUUGAAUUUGCAAGUGUUGAGGAAACUGAAAGGGCUUUAACCAUGGAUGGGAUGACCUGUAUGGGUGUUCAAUUGCGUGUUUCCCGUCCUAACGAUUAUUCAUCAACUUCCAUGAAGACAGCCACACAACAACAGAUUGUAAUUCCACAACUUUCAUCUGCACCAACCACCCUUCCUGCCAAUUUCAGUGGACGUUAUUUGCAUCUUGUUCAAAUUGUUCUUCCCGAAACUGUUGAAGCUGAAGUUGAAUAUUUGGAUGUACUGGAUGAUGUGAAAGAGGAGUUUGGAAAACACGGAAAAAUCAAGAGUGCACUAAUCAUCGCUCCAAGACACAAUGAAAUGGCUAGGGACUUCCAAGCUGGAGACAUGUUGAUAGAAUUUGAAGAUGAAGAAUCACUACUCUCCUGUGUACAGAAUAUGUCAAAUAGAAAAUAUGAAAAUAGAUUAAUACAAAUGAAACCUCUGGAGGAAGAUGUCUACAAUCAACUGGCUCAGGUUAUUAUACCUGACCUCGAACAAAUGGAUAAAAAUGGAUAA